GUUACCUCACUCUUCAACCCAAGUUACGAGGCAACCUGUGUAAUCUACAGACCUUGCCCAUAGAGAAAGGAUUAUUUGUCUAUGUAGAAUCCUAACAAAAAUAAACAAUUCUGAGUUCAGUGUAGUUGUUUUGUUCUGGUUCAGUAUCAGAGAUAAGGUUAGAAUUUACAAGAGAAGUUGAAAGUGAAUACGGUCAAUUUCAAUUGAAUAAAGAAGUGAAGUUUUUUAAUUAUUGAAAUACUGCUACUAUUGUGAUCCAUUUGUGUUUUCAUUAUAUACGCCGGUCACCAAUAUGGUUACGAUAAAUUCUCCAUCAGUUGAAUUGAGUUCUUACAGGGAUCAACAUUUUAAGGGAACAAGAGCAGAACAAGAUAAGCUAUUAAGGCUUUCAACUACUUUAUAUGUGGGAAAUUUAUCUUUCUACACAACAGAGGAACAAAUUUAUGAAUUAUUCUCAAAAUGUGGAGAUAUCAGAAGAGUAAUAAUGGGCUUGGACAAAUAUAAAAAAACGCCUUGUGGUUUUUGUUUUGUAGAGUUUUAUACAAGAGAAGACGCUGAAUGUGCAUUGAGGUAUGUCAAUGGGACAAGAUUAGAUGAUCGCAUAGUAAGAACAGAUUGGGAUGCUGGUUUUGUUGAAGGAAGACAGUAUGGUAGGGGAAAAACGGGGGGACAGGUUAGAGAUGAAUAUAGAACAGACUAUGAUGCCGGAAGGAGUGGUUAUGGAAAAAUAAUACAGCAAAAAAUGGGUGUCCCUAAAAUCUAAAAAAAAACAUUUGUGCAACAUAAAUGCCAACAAUCAAGUUCAACUGAAUAUAAAUCUAGCAAUUUGUAUAAUGACUUUCAGAUCUUAAUAAGAUUAUUAAUGAGAAAACCUGAAUGGAGUAUUUAAAUAUAGUUAAUAUUUUCUUUAAAUAAACAUGUUAUAUAGA